AUGCUGUUGGGAUGUAGUUGUCCAUAUGCCCAGCGAGCUUGGAUAGCUUUGGAGGAGCUGGGACUGGCGUAUACAACUACACUCAUUGACGCAACCAACAAAGCUGAAGACUUCAAGGUCCUGUAUGCAAGCAUUGUGCAGAAUACAGAAGACCCAGCCAAAGUACCAACCAUUGUUGAUGGAGACACCAAAUUGACAGAGUCAUUGGUAAUUGUGGAGUACCUGGAUGCUAAGUAUGGUGGCAAGAAAGGGCUGCUUCCCAAGGACCCCGUCCAGCUUGCCCAGGUCAAGCUGUUUGUGGAACUUUUCACCAACAAGUUUUCAUCGUACAUAUACAAGAUGCUGAGCGCCACAAGCGAGGAGGAGGUCAACACCUUGGGCAGAGCACUGGAGCACAAUCUCACGGUGCUAGACAAGUUCAUCACCGCAUCAGGCAGCAGGGAGGGGGGCACCUAUUUCCUGGGUGGGCGUUACAGCUAUGCCGAGACCGUCACGACCCCUUUCUUGAGGCGUGCCCUUCUCGUGCUCAAAGCGCACCGGGGGUUUGACAUCUUGGACCUGGCGAGCAGCAACGGCCUGAACAGGCUGCUCCAGUGGAUCCAGGCAUCCCUGGACCGCGAGUCCAACAAGUCCACUGGGCCGUCGGACGAGCAGAUUGUGCAAUCUGCCAAGAAGUGGCUUGGGGCAGCGCUCCCAGACUACCAGUACAAGAGCGCAGGGGCUGCGUGA